UUUAAAUUAAUUCAAAGUUCAACGGUGUUCGGAGUUUUAUUUUUAUAUAAUUUAAAUAAUAUCGAUUAUAAUGGCUUCAAUAGCUCCAUCGGAUUCAGAGUCGAACGUUAGUGGUUUCAUGCGUUAUAGUGAUAAAGACGUGAAGUAUUUGUACACUUCCAUAAUACAGAGUAUGGAAUCAAUCAAUCAAGACAUCUCCAUAGUUGAAACAAAUCUCAAAAACUUGGUUCAGCAAGCAGGCCCUUUGGAAGGACAACUGUCUGCGCUACUACAAUCGCUGCCAAAACCAAACCUCAAUUUGCCCAUGGAGACGGAUUAACACACUGAACCUUAUGAGCAGUUGGACUAUGAAUACAAAGACUUUAGAUAGCAGCAGAAUGUAUGACUCUUGUGCUAAUAAAGUGAAAGCAGGUGUUAUUUAAAUAAGUUUUAAUCUAUAGUAAUAAGUACCUGUUAUUUAAUAUGUGUAAUAUAAUUAUUAGUAAUGCUUGAUCUAUAAAUGUGUUACUACUUGUGUAAUUUGUUGCUUUGGUAACUAACUAUGAAAAAAUAAAAUGUUAUCAGAUUA